UCUCGAAGCUUGUCUACGAGUUACGUCGUGUACGGGACGCGUUCGUCGCUUUCGUGGACGGUGAUUAGUGACGAUGAACGGUGAAGUGAUGGAUGCUAAAUAAUAAAUUAAGUAAAUAUAUUUUGAAGCGUGUAUCGCGUCGCGACAGUUUCUUGAAAUCGUGACUACGAACGAUGAAAUUCGCCAACGUGGAAAAUUGGUGUUCUUCGAUCGCGGUGACGUCGUUGUUAGCGGAAACGAAAGAAGAAUUGGGAAGGCUUGGGGGUGCGUUUAUUCUUCGCCGAGGAAGCUUUCGAGGGAGCAGCGUUAAAAAUGAAAUUUCGGUUCCUGGGCGACGGGGACUGUCCCGAUUGGCUGCUGGCUGAGAUCAACACGUUGUCGCGUAUGACCUCCAUCAAAAUCCGAAUAUUGGGCCAGGCGGUUGCGAAGUACCUGACAGAAGGCGAACUGGACGAGGACAAGAUAAAAAAGCUGACGCAGGACGCGAAAAUUGAGCCGAGCGACGCCAAAGCCAUGAUAGCCGCCCUCGAAUUAAUAUUCGUGUCGUCCGCGCGAUACGGCGUCUCCGCCGCCGAUCUGAGCAGCGAACUGCAGCAACUCGGUCUGCCGCGCGAGCACAGCGCUGCGAUUGCACGACUGCACACGGACAACAGCCCCCGAAUCACGGAUGCGCUCUCGUCGCAGUCUUUGAGAGUGAGCCGGUUGUCGUCGAUCCAGGUGUUGCCCUGCGCCAACGCCUCGCCGUUCUCCACCCUGUCCCUCAAGCUGAACAAAUUGGGCGGCAACGGGGAGGAUUCCGUCGUCAACAUCUCGCAGGAGGACGUGCAGGUUCUGCUCGCUGAACUGCGACGAGCGAAAGCGUUGAUGGAGAACCUUUGAGUAACUUGCGUCCAGCGAACCAUCAUCCUGUAUUAUAUACAUAUUCUGAGGUAAUCGAAACAGUGUAAUCAUACCGAUUAAAACGAAUGAAAGCAACCAUGACAAA